AUGCGUGAGAUUAUCAGCUUGAACGUCGGCCAGGCCGGUUGCCAGAUCGCCAACUCCUGCUGGGAGCUUUAUUGCCUUGAGCACGGCAUCCAGCCCGAUGGCUACCUCACUGAGGAGCGCAAGAACGCUGAGCCCGACACUGGCUUCAGCACCUUCUUCUCCGAGACCGGCCAGGGCAAGUACGUGCCCCGGACGAUCUACUGCGAUCUGGAGCCCAAUGUCGUCGACGAGGUUCGCACGGGCCCGUACCGUGGCCUUUUCCAUCCCGAGCAUAUGAUCACGGGCAAGGAGGACGCUUCGAACAACUAUGCCCGUGGUCACUACACCGUUGGCAAGGAGCUCAUUGACCAGGUCCUUGACAAGGUGCGCCGCGUUGCCGACAACUGCAGCGGCCUCCAGGGCUUCCUCGUCUUCCACUCCUUCGGUGGUGGCACUGGUUCCGGCUUUGGUGCUCUGCUCAUGGAGCGCCUGUCCGUCGACUACGGCAAGAAGAGCAAGCUGGAGUUCUGCGUCUACCCCGCUCCUCAGACCGCCACCUCGGUUGUCGAGCCCUAUAACUCUAUCCUGACUACCCACACUACCCUCGAGCACGCCGACUGCUCCUUCAUGGUCGACAACGAGGCCAUCUACGACAUCUGCCGCCGCAACCUGGGACUUGAGCGCCCCAACUACGAGAACCUCAAUCGCCUGAUUGCUCAGGUCGUCUCCUCCAUCACUGCCUCGCUCCGCUUCGACGGCUCUCUCAACGUCGAUCUGAACGAGUUCCAGACCAACCUGGUUCCUUACCCGCGUAUCCACUUCCCUCUGGUCGCCUAUGCUCCUAUCAUCUCUGCCGCCAAGGCCGCCCACGAGGCCAACACCGUGCAGGAGAUGACCAUGUCCUGCUUCGAGCCCAACAACCAGAUGGUCAAGUGCGACCCACGUAACGGCAAGUACAUGGCUACUUGCCUGCUGUAUCGCGGCGACGUCGUUCCCAACGAUGCCCACGCUGCGGUUGCCCACCUCAAGACCAAGCGGACCAUUCAGUUCGUCGACUGGUGCCCGACUGGUUUCAAGCUUGGUAUCUGCUACCAGCCGCCUCACCAGGUCCCCAACGGCGACCUGGCCAAGGUCAACCGCGCCGUGUGCAUGCUUUCCAACACCACAGCCAUUGCCGAGGCCUGGUCGGCUCUCUCGCACAAGUUCGACCUCAUGUACUCCAAGCGUGCCUUCGUCCACUGGUACGUCGGCGAGGGUAUGGAAGAAGGCGAGUUCGCCGAGGCGCGCGAGGAUCUCGCUGCCCUCGAGCGCGACUACGAGGAGGUUGCGGCUGACUCGCUCGAGGAGGGCGAGGGCGAGGCCGAGUACUAA